AUGAAGUACAUUCAUUCCCAGGAGCUCCUUGAGAUCCCCGAGGGGGUCAAGGUCGCCAUCAAGUCGCGAAUUGUCACUGUCGAGGGUCCCCGAGGCAAGCUGGUCAAGGACCUGAGCCACCUGGCUGUGAACUUCACUCUCCCCAAGAAGAACACCAUCUCCAUCGAGAUCCAUCACGGCAACCGAAAGAAUGUCGCCACCCUCCGCACCGUCCGAUCCCUGAUCAACAACCUGAUGGUCGGUGUCACCAAGGGCUUCAAGUACAAGAUGCGAUACGUCUACGCCCAUUUCCCCAUCAACGUCAACCUGUCCAAGAACGCCGAGACCGACCUGUACGAGGUUGAGAUCCGAAACUUCAUCGGCGAGAAGAUCGUUCGCCGCAUCGUGAUGCAGCCCGGUGUCGAAGUCGAGACCUCCAGCACCCAGAAGGAUGAGCUUGUCCUGUUCGGCAACUCCCUCGAGAACGUGUCGCAAAGCGCCGCCGAUAUCCAGCAGAUCUGCCGAGUGCGAAACAAGGAUAUCCGAAAGUUCUUGGACGGUCUGUACGUUUCCGAGAAGGGCAACGUCGUUGAGGAUGAAUAG